AUGGCUCCAUUUCAAGACGUGGCUUGUCCUGCUCAGGAAGGCGAUUGGUUCACAUCCCACCCAGGGCUCACCGUGGUGCUGGCCUUUGGUGUGUUCGUGAUCCUGCCUUUGGUGGUGACUGUACCUGUGCUGGCAGGCAGAAGUCAUGGAGAGAUUCCAGACACACCUAAGAGUCCAUACUUGGCGCCUUGUCCUGAGGCCUGGGAUGACUAUAACAGGGUCUGUUACUACUUCUCACUGGAUUGGAGGAGCUGGGACGAGGCUCAGGAUCGUUGCUCCGAGCUCGGGGCCUCCCUGGCCGUGCUCAGAGAUGAGGAAAUGAACUUUGCCUUCUGCCUCAGUGACAACCUGGAUUACUGGCUCGGGCUGCACAGACGGGGCGAGAGGUUCCAGUGGGUGGACGGCAGCAGCUACAACUCCUCGCUGGAGGUCCUUGGCAAUUCAGAGUGUGUGUACCUGGCAGACAAUGUACUCAGGAGUGAGGACUGUUCAACGCAGCUGCCGUAUCUCUGCAGCAAACCCCAACCUCACCUGUAA